ACACUUUCCCUUAUCUGUUCUACUGUACAGAGCCAGCAAUUCUCCACAAAGCAGUUAUGUCAUCUUAUAACUCAAAUGAUCAAAGUUUAAGGCAUUUAUUUUUUUCUGAUUCCACAGCACAGAUAUAGCUUGGGUAGUGGCAGGGACAUGGCCUUGGAGGGGCCAUCGCUAAGGGGAAGGUUAAAUUAUGCUAAGCCUUGGCCUCUCUCCUGAGCCUGCCACCAGGUAAGUAGGGGGCAGCUAGUCCCAGCUGGUCUGGUGGAUCUCCCACUAGAAUGUGUCCUGAGCACUGCCCUUCAUCUCAGAUGAGCAGUCCAAUGUAGGCAUGUGAGAGAAGAGGCUGAAUAUUCUCAGUGGUUUAUAUGUAGCCAUUAGUUGUUUAUUUUGGCUUUUGUCUGCAUAGAGAAAAUGCUCUGUGUGACUCCAGGGCGCUAUCCUUUUAUGCUGCAUUGGGCAGUUGCAUGGGGAGUCUAUGGCAAGUUGCAUUGCUUCUCAUUCCAUGACCUUUGCAUCAUUGCUUAAUUUGCAGCUGAUGAAUCUGCAUAUGAUCAUCUAUCUGGGAAGAAAUUGGCCAGAUUGUUAGUAAGGAGCCUCCCUGACGUGGUGCGUGCUCAUGUCCCAAUGGUGAUGUCCUUGAUACUAACAAACUCUAGCAAAAACUAUCAAAUCUCCCCACAUUUCACCUAUCUUUCCCUUGCAGCAUUCCAGCUUCCUUCUUCCCUGUCUAUUCAAAAAGGUACUGAUUGUCUCUCACCUUGGCUAUUAUAAACUCUUUUUUUCUGCUUUCUCUUAACACCCAGCUUUCAGUCCACCCGAAAUGUGGCUAGGAAAAUAUCUAGUCUGGUGCAUUAUCUGUCUCCUGUUCAAAUCCUAUAAAUUUCCUUCCUCCCUCUGUACCACUGAAGUGCCUUACUCUCCUCUAGUAGGUUCUGCCAAAGUGCCUCUAGUUUACAACCAGGUUCUCCUUUCUCAUUACAGCAGAGGCAAAUUGGGGUAGAAGAAGAUUGGCAAUAUUUCCCCAAGUUCUGCUAACAAUACAGUCUCCACACGCUCAUAGCAUCAAAGUAAAUGCUAUGCGGAAUACUUCAUGCAGAUUCUCAUACAAUACUCUUGCUGCUUUCUAGUGUAUUUUGGUGAGACUCAGAAGAGUUAAAUGUUAACCUUUAUGUUGUCAACACUAGGCAGCAUCCUGUGUUUCUUGUCUUGGUGAUUCCAGAAAGAAUAUGACCCUUAGCUGCUAAAAAGAGAUUAAUAGGGACUGAAGGAGCCUGGAGUGCAGCUGAUUUUUGGAAUAUCCUAUUCUUUCAAUUUGAGCUGCUUCACUUCCCUUUAUAAUUCCCAGUGGUCAGUAAGACCAGAUUUCAUGAAUACUGAGCUGAGCUAGUGUGUGAGCUCACUCUCUCCAAUUGGACAGGACUGAAACCGCUCAACUGAGUGACCCAGAUCCUUCCUGGAUAACACCAAAGGAGCAUUCUCUUCAGGCUGAGAUUGCAGGGGCCUGUGCAUCUGGAACAGCAGUUGCUGAGCUCUGUCCCUAAUAGUGCUGUGGGUUUUAAUGCAGUGCCGAUGUACAGCAAACCAUAAAGGUAAUGCUGGCUCCAAGAGCCUUUAAAGGCUAAGUUCCAACUCCACUGAAGCCAAUGUUAGGCUAGGAGAGGACAAGAACUGACUUUCCUCUUAAAAUGAUGCACCAACAUUGACUAUGACCACAUAUAGCCUAUGAUAAAUGUAUUGUACAGGCGUUGUAGCCUCAGAAUACCUUCUUAUCUAACAGGAACAGCUGAACCUCAUAUAGCUGAUAUUAUAGGCUUAAAUGGACCAUAUGCCUAUUAUCUUAAAGAAGAUUGCAAUGAUGUCAAUAGGACUUGUUCUCAGAAGUCACUUAGGUUGCUUUUGAAAAUCCUUCCUUAAAUGAUUAUUCUGUUACCUGUCCAUAUUUUUCCAUUCUUCUUCCUUCUGAGCUCUUAACCCAGAACACACUCUGUCUCUCUCUGUCCUCCCCUCCUCCAGCUUGUCUUGAUGCUGUCUGAAUCAUUGGGCCAUUUGAAAAGGAGAGUUUUCACUUCAUCUGAGUAGCAGAAAGAACCUGAGCACUUUGAAUUUGUUUGACGUAGUCCAAAAGCCUUGUGAUCCAUUAUUAAAUGCUUUGCCUUGUACAAUUGGCUAUGCUUCUAUUAAAUUAAACAUGUGAUGAUGUUCCCUUUGUACACACUAAACCCUAGAUUGCACCUGCACCCAGAGAUGUAAAGGUUUGGGAGUGUCAGUGCGGGUGACUGGGACCAAGAGGACACUGUUGAAAAUAUUGUAUGAGGGCAAGCUGCACUCUAACAAGUAGAAAUCAGGACUGAAAGCUGAAAGAGUGAGGUUUCUAGCUUGGUCCUGCCGCUAAUUUAUUGUCGGAUGUUAGGCAAGUUGUUUUUCUUCUGUGUCUGUUCCGUCAUCUGUAAAAUUGAACUGACUGGAAAAUUUCAGCCAAAAUUGGGUUAAGCCAUUUGACACUGAAGGUGUGUGGUGGCUCCUUACUUAUGGGAGAAUGUAGCAAAGUGCAAAAGUAUUGUUUGUUACCCAGCUUUAAAAAGCUCACUGGAAGAAACGGGGAGAAAGGGGAUACUGUCGCUUUAAGAGCAUCCGUGAAAGUGUUGCUACUGGAAGCUGCUCUGUGAGACGGCCAGCUGGGAAAGUGCUGCUAAUAAGGGGAAAGGAGCUUCAGCUCCAGAUCUUUGAGCCUGUGUGUGACAGGGAGUGAGACAGGGAACAAAUAAGGAGCACAGUUAGUGCCCAGUGGGAAGAGGGCACAGAGACCCUGAUAAGCUUUCUGUAGCCAAACAGCAGGGGGGAUUAGGAAGCAACAGUAACCAGCCCAUCAUUCCUGUAGACACCAAGAAGCAACAUGGAUCUCCCCCAAGGCACUCAGGUUUCAUCUGAUUGCUCAGACAGGGGCUCUUUCUAAAUCCACCUGCACUGCUUCCAGGCAGGAGGUGGGAGGAUCAAGGGGGAAAAAAUGGCUCUUGCACUGUCUGGGGAUCCCAGAGAUGUGAUCACAAAGUCUUGAGUACUGUGCAAGGAAGAGCAUCCUUGGCACUUAGAGGAGCGAGUGGGGGGUGUGUGUGGAUCCCAGGUCCAGAGGCACUGGUGGCCCUCAAUGCUUGGAUUAAUUCAGGACCUGUGACACCUGUAACUCAGAGUGAGCAAGUACAACUACUUUCAGAGGAAGCAGAAGCUUUCCCUUUCUCUACUUUUUUUCCCCUCCUUUUCUUCAAGUAAGAUGGAGAGUGAAAAAUUAUCCAGCACUGAACAGGCACUGAUACGAGAAAGCUGGCAGAAAGUGAGUGGCAACCCCCUGCAGCAUGGCAUCAUCUUGUUUACCAGGUUGUUUGAUCUGGAUCCUGACCUCCUGUCCCUCUUCCAGUACAACUGUAGACAGUUUUCCAGCCCACAAGAAUGCCUCUCUUCCCCUGAGUUCCUGGAUCAUAUAAGGAAGGUCAUGCUGGUGAUAGAUGCAGCUGUGACUCAGUUGGAGAACUUACUGUGUCUGGAAGAAUAUCUCUGCAACCUGGGUAAGAAGCACCAAGCAGUUGGCGUGAAGAUGGAUUCUUUCUCGGCUGUGGGAGACUCCUUGCUGUACAUGCUGGAGAAAUGCCUUGGCACUGCCUUCAGUCCAGACAUGCGAGAGGCUUGGACCAGGCUCUACGAUGCUGUGGUGAAAGCCAUGAGCUGUGGCUGGGAGGCACAUGGGGAAGCAGAAUAGAUCCAGCAAUCUGUUAGGAUCUGCUCCCAGCCCAUCAACAGUUCUGUAGACAGAGCACCUCCUCUUCCAGCUGUGCACAUUCUGGGGCCUUCUCAGUAGUUCUCUCCAUCUUGCUUCACCAUUACCCACAUCUCUGCCUCUGAUGGUGACCAGUGCAGUCCCUUAAAGGCAUAUCAACAGCAAAGUGAAGGUAGAAGAGCAGCAUGGGCACGUGUAUCAGGGUAGUAUCUAGGUAGUAUGGGUAAUGCCGCAGUGAAGACACAGUGGCAUGGGCUUCAUUGUGGACAAAGUACAAGCCCACUGGGGCCCUGGGAAUGUACUGUCAUCACUAGCCCAUAUGACCAUGUUUUCACUGCUCUUGUUACCUGGGUCAGCUACAGUAAAGCUGAUCUGAGCAUGCCUGCAUGAAUUGCAAUGGCCCUUUCAACCUGUGUGUAACAAGUGGGCAUCCUGGGGCUGAUCUGAGCAUAGGCCUGCCUACUUGUUUCAGGGCAAACCACCCGCCUACCUCACCUGCCAUGCCUUUGAUACUAGUUGGAAGAUAACAAGGCGGGAGGCUGCACAUUUACUUGCCCUGAUGCCAAGGGCCUAUGUAUACAGCUCUGACCUCCCCUGUACCAUGUCCCAUGCCUCACAGAUGGCAUCCAUGGCUUAGCACCCAGCCUAUAGCUUGUCCGGCCUAAUACCUGCCCACUCAAUCAAUCGGGGCUUAGCAUACAUGGCCUAGCUCACAAUCCUGUUUACUUGGGGCUCCCAGGCCCUCCCUUUUCCAUGGGCUCCUAGCCUGGCUUGGGACCCUCUUGGUCCCCUCGCGCCCCCACACUGGGGCCUCAAUCCCCUGCCUGACACUGGGCUCACAAUCCCUUAUCCCUUUGCCCCAGGAACUUCACAUCUAGCUGCCUGUAGGCUCAGGGACCCAGCCCCCUGGAGCCUCACACCUGGCUCCUUAAUGCCACUCAGGUCUUGCAGUGAGCCUGGAAGCUGUCUCAGGUCCCCCCCUGAUUUGGGCCCUGCCUCAGGACUCACUGUGAGUCUGGGCUCCUGCUUUGUUCUUCAGGGUGUGCUCCCCUUGCCUUUUCCCUCGACAGGGUCACCCACAAGGCAGCGGGGGCUGAGGCUUUUUCUUGGCACCCUGUACUCGCUGUUCACUAGGGAGGCAACUGGUGUGGCAAUUCCUGGAGACUGCCCUGACAUUGGCAGUCCCAUCACACCAUCCUACCCCAGCAAGGUGUAGUUUUAGGUCAUGCCCCAGCACCUGGAACCUCCACCUUCCCCAUAGCUCCUUCCUUGUACCUCUAAGAUGUCAUGAGCAGCAGCUACAGCUGGGUGGUGUUUUCCCAGCUGCUAGCAGUAGACGGCUGGCCACACUGCUCAGGGCCUGUUCUUAUAGAGAACACCUGGGCCCUGUUCCCAAUCAGGUAAUUGCACCUGAUUGGGAGUGCAGCCACCUGCAAGCUGCUUGGCUGUUUGCUCAUGCCCCUUUGAGUAACAGAGCACACCCUGUGCUCUGUUACAUUGUGAUAUAGAUAUGCUAUGAAUUGCACAGCAAUGAGUCCUUCCAUCUUCCUGGGAGGUGGGGUAGAGGGACAAGCAAGGAAGAGCUGGGCUGAAGAUAUUUCAGUCAGCAGUAGUGGAAUGAGCUUUUCCUGAACUGAUUCUGUCUUUCCUUAAAGUUGCAAAUCAUCUUUUUUCUCUGCCCAAAUAUUUUCCAAGAGUCGUUGCAGAGUUCAAGUCAGGCUGCUCUUAUCAGACCUGAGCUGUUGACUGGGUUCAUUUAGCUAUUGGAUCGAACCUGAAUGACAGGUG